AUGGAUUCAAUCGCCACAGGGCUUGCGGAGACCAUCCAGACCGCAUCCAUCAACAGACACCCAGACCCUCGUCUCGAUCACGCCCCAGCAACUGCCGCCGACGACAGAGAACCUGUAGUCCUGAAGAGCGCCAAGCAUGGAUACGGUGGCUUAGACGACGACGAGGAGGAGGAAGAAGUGGAGGAUAUCCCAUACAGUGUGCUGCGGCCGAUUCCGAGAUCCCACGAGUUGCCACCUCUGCCCGAUCUUCGCUUCGAGCAGAGCUAUCUGCGCAGCAUUUCCGCCGCGGACAAGUGGUGGAAAGUAGUAGCAAUCACUGCAAGGGAUCAGGAGCGCGACACGUCCAGGUACUGA